GCGAUCUGUUAUCUGUUGUGUCAGCUGCCCGCACACUAUCUAACUUUUGCUUGUGUUGGCAAUCAACAAAACAGGUCCCAAGUGGCAUCAUACAGCUCCCUGACUCGUCUAUCUAUCGUCAGUCAACCAGUCAGUCAUCUUAUUAACAUACUCCGAGUGAAUCAUCCAUUUGCUUUUGGUUUUGGUGUCAAAUCUUCAGCGUAUUUUGUCCUGCCCAUAAUUUCCUAUUCUAUAUCGAGCAAUAAAAGUACCAAACGAAAAUGAUCUCUGCUAAGCUUUUCUACUUUUUCACCUUUCUGGCAUCUGCUGCCGCAUGGACAACGUCCAGCAAAUCCGCCACUGCACGACCAUCGUCAUUGGCAUUGAAGGCAACUCGUGAAGAUUUCCUCAAGUCCAUGGCCAUUGGUGGAGUGGGUGCGCUACUGACGGCUGCCACGCCUGCCUUUGCCGAUGAAACCUUGCCCAGCGGUGUCACCUACACGGUCAAAAAGGCUGGAAAUGGUCCCAAGCCCGACAGCGGAGAAUUGGUGGCCAUUCGCUUUGCCGCCUUUUGUGGCUCAAACAAGAUUGAUGACAUUUUCAGCACUCCAGAACCAUAUUACACUCGCGUUGGAUCGGGAGGUCUCUUGAAGGGUGUCGAAUCCACCUUGCCACUGAUGCGUGUUGGAGAUAGAUGGGAACUUACCAUCCCGUCAAGUCUUGCAUUUGGAUCCAAAGGACGACCUGCAUCGGCUGGUAAGCCAAGAAUUCCAUCUGAUGCCACCAUUAUCUUCGAUGUCGAAAUGGUGGGCCUGCCAGGAAAGGAACCUGAGUUGAUUGAACUCAUGGGGGAUGUCUGAGGAGAAGGGCAAAUAGUUGCAACCAGAUUCUCCGAUGAUUGAGAAACUACCUUGAAACGAACUACGAGUGUGCAAUGCAAUGGCGUAGGCAGAGGUAGUAGAGUUUCCGUGGAAUGAAGUGUCCACAGCAGACAGCACUAAACAUAAGCUACUAUUCCAUUUUG